GAGCUGCAGCAGCAGCAGCAGCAGAAAAAGGCCAGCUUUUCAGGCGCCCCGCCCAAAGCCCAUACCCAAAGACGUUUGCUGCAGCGCGCAGCUCCUUUAAUCACAGAAGUGCCCAGAGGAGAAGUCCAGGGCACAGCUGUGUCUCUCUUUCGCGACCGAGAUGGAGAUGAGGCCUUCGAGUUUUUCUCUGUCGACGCCACUGGAAGGCCCUGCAAAGUGCCAGUUGCUGCUCUGCAGUGCCUCGGGCGGCGGCCAUUACCCAUGCUGCUUUAA